CUGAAAAACAUGUUUAGUCUGAACAAGGUUUUCAAACUUAGAAAUUACUUUGAAUUCAGGUUCAGUUUUUCUCUUGUUAACAAUUCAAUGAUAAAGAAGUGUGUUGAGGUAAUGGAUACUGCAAUAUGGCGGUGUGGCAAUAAUCUGGGUUAAAAAGUAGCUUGGAAGUAUUACUUUUAAAUAGAUAGAAAAAAAGAUGAUAUCAGCAUACAGUGUUGCGUUGUAUUUUUUCUGUAUGUCAAUGAUUCCAUCAACCAUCACUGGAGCGUCAGCACACGAUGAAAUCGUACCUAGCGUAGCUAUAAACUGUAACAUGCUUCCGUUUUACGUUGAUUUGAAAACAGGGAAAUGGAUAGCUGAUACACAGAAUAGAGUUGUGUGUGAUACAUACGGAAAAGAAAUCUUGAGUUACUGUCAAAAGAGGUAUCCAAAACAAAAAGUCACUGAAGUCUUUCCAGCAGACAAAUCCAUCCGUUUUUACAACUGGUGUCGUUCAAAAAGUGGCGAGUGUAGUGUCGCGAUGGAAGUAGUACCCUACAAAUGUUUGAGUGUUCGACACAAAAAAGGUUUUUCCUAUGCCUUAAGAAAUUUCAAAGAGGAUAUGCCUUUUGAACUAGAAGAGUGCGAUAGAAGAUCCUAUCGUAUAAAGAAGAACACAAUGAGAUAUCGCCACCAGAACAAAGUUUCUGCUACACUUGAAGAGAAAGCAUCCAGUAGGGAAAAACUAUGGAAAUUAAAAAGCAGUCUCAAUCGAACUUCUUUUGUCGAGAAACAAAAAGAGUGGUUUGACAAUUAUGAAAAAGCAAUGGCUCGCCUAAGAGAAGAAGAGAAGAAGGAAAAGUUAAAAUUUCGUGAAGAACAACUUGGUUGUUUAGAACGCCAGCUUACCAUCAACAAGCGCAAUGCUAUGCUCACUUAUGCUAACAUUGUUGAAAGUAAACCACGAAAUGUCAGGGAAAUAAUGGGUGCACUUCGCAUGCUAGUCCAAGUUUGUGAAGAAGAAAGACAACACAUUCUGCGCCAUUAUAACAUUGUCAGAAGAACAGACUCAAGAAAAGCCUCCAUAUUGUUUUACGAUCUCUUAUUAAAUCUCAAGUUUCUGGGAAUUACCGUCCGUAAAGGUAUUGCCUUGUUGGACUAUCUGCCAGCCAUUUCAGAAAAUGAUGUUGCGAUAAAAUCAAACUUGCAACCAUGGUUGGAUGAUUUCUACAAGUCGUUUGACGAAUAAAAGCAAAGAAGAUAUUGGGAUCAAGCUGGAUAAAUCUUACAUUUUCGAACUGCAGUUUAUCAAUAAAAAUCUCAUGACGCAGAAAUUUUUUAAAAUAUACUUCACCUCGUUCUCAGCGUUUAUUUUAUAUAUAUAUAUCGUCGCGGUAUAAAAAAGAGACAACAGGCGCUGGGAACGAGGUUGUAAUACCCUCACUUUUUUUCAAUGAUAGUGCAAUCUCGAUUGGGG